AUGGCGGCGCACAAGCGGCCGCUGGAGGCCGCCGCGGCGGAGCAGGAGGCGCCGCGGUCCCCGAGGAAGCGGCUGCGCCAGACGGUGCUCCUCGUGAUGCGGCUGGAGAGGAGGAGGGCGAGAGCGGCCACCGUCGGGCAGAUGGUUCGCCAGCAGGCGCAGCUCGACAGGGCAAAGCUGUUCGUGUUUCUCAUGCUGCUCGUCUCGCGCCUUUGCUCAGUGGAGAGGCUCCUUCAGCAGCUCCGCAACCUACUGCCAGGUGCUUUUAGAUCUUUGACGGUAUCCAUACAAGAUCCAAUUCGAUCAACUGUACAGACAGAGAUGCAGGGACGACAAGCAGCCUCGCUUCCUAAUCGCAUUUCUGAGCCUCCCAGGCACAUACCAGAAGGUUUUCCUGAAACUGGAGGCAACACUCGAGUCAAACUGCGCUUUGUCGAUGUUGACAGACCAGAAGAUCCUAUUUACACUGGUUAUCCAGUACAAUGGCUGAAUAAAAAAGAUGCUAGGGUAGCGGUAUUUGAAAAUGAUAGGCAAAUCACGCAGGGCGACCUUUCUAAAUUGCAAAUUGAGAUUUUAGCAGUCCAUGCUGAAUUCUUUACUGAGCGAGGACAAGCGGACUUCACCAAAGAGGAAUUCAACAAGCAGAUAUGUAUACAUAAGGGGAAUGAGUCAGUCUUGACAACUGUUAAUCUAGCAAAUGGUGCGGCCUAUAUUGGUUCCGUCAUAUUUACAGAGAGCUCCCAGAGGAAAAGGUUAAGAUUGACAGCACGAGUGAAAGGACAGGAUCUUGAUGUCAGAGUUCAAGAAGCAAUCACUGAUCCUUUUGUUGUCAAAGUCGGCCGAAGUAAACAAAACAGAAAGAGUUAUCCUCCAUCUAAAGAAGAAGCGGUAUACCGUUUGGAGAAGAUUUCCCUAAAGGGAAAACAUUGUACUCUCCUUUCUGAAAAGAAUAUUACUACGGUGAAGCAAUUCAUGCGUCAUUAUUACAGAGGUGAAUCUGCUCUCCAAAAGCUUCUUGACAUGAAGGAGGAUUGGAGUACCUUGAUUAAACAUGCCACCACGUGUGAUCCUGGGCUUGAGAUCUAUUCUUUUAUUGUUGAGGAAAAUACUGAACUCUUAUUCAAUGAUUUCUAUAAUCUUGUUGGUAUGAUGAUCGGUGGAUUAUAUUUUCCUGUCAAUGGCCUUAAUCAGUUUCAGCAGAUUAUAGUGAACAAGUGGAAAAUGUCUGCGUAUAAGAAAUUUGACGAGCGGGAGAACUCAGGGGGUCUUACCCCUGAUUACUUCAUGACCAAUGGCGGCCCUAAGCUGGAGAUCGAUAUCCGUUGA